CGGUCGCUGAGGGAAAGUGAAUGACUGUCUUGUUCAUCAUGACGGCGGCAUGCUGAAGGUAGACGAUGUGAUGAAAUGUUGACACUCGCCAGUCGUCAUCAUGCUAAAUGCAAAUUGUACAUACAGCCAACAGCCAGGAAGCAGCGACUUUCAGGGAGGCCGAUGUCACCGUCUAUAUGGAUUUCAUGAAGACUCAUUGCUGCUACGAUGCCAUUCCAACCAGUUGUAAACUGGUCAUUUUUGACACCAAGCUCCAAGUGCAAAAAGCCUUCUAUGCGCUGGUGGCCAACAGCUUGAGGGCUGCACCUUUAUGGGACAGCAAGUUGCAGAAGUUUGUGGGUAUGCUGACUAUUACAGAUUUCAUCAAUAUCCUUCAUUGUUAUUACAAGUCCCCUUUGGUGCAGAUGUACGAGCUGGAGAGCCACAAGAUUGAGACGUGGAGAGAUGUGUACUUGAAGUCUUCCCCUCCGCUUCUGAUUAGCAUUUCUCCAGAUGCCAGCCUCUUCGACGCCAUCUAUUCCUUACUCAAACACAAGAUCCACAGACUGCCCGUCAUAGAUCCGCAGUCGGGGAACGUCCUGCACAUUCUGACCCACAAAAGGAUCCUUAAGUUCCUCCAUAUAUUUGGGAAAAAGGUUCCCAAGCCUGUGUUCCUUCACAGGCAGAUCCAGGAGCUGGGAAUAGGAACUUUCAGAAACAUUGCCACUGUCCACCAAACAGCGACACUUUACGACGCACUUGCCAUAUUUGUAGAUAGGAGGGUGUCUGCACUUCCAGUGGUUGAUGAAGGAGGCAAAGUGGUGGCACUCUACUCAAAAUUUGAUGUUAUCGUAAGUACUGCGGCGGAGAUGGUUCAUCCAAAAACUGUUCUCACAUCACCGGAUCGCCGACAGAAUCUGGCGGCUCAGAAGACCUACAACAAUCUCCAUGUGACCAUGCUGGAGGCCCUUUGUCGGCGCACGUGUUUCGUGGAGGGCGUGAUCAAGUGCUAUCCGGAUGAAACACUGGAGACCGUCAUAGACCGUUUAGUCACAGCUGAGGUCCAUCGGCUGGUGCUGGUGGACAGAGGUGACGUGGUGAGAGGCAUCAUCUCACUGUCUGACCUGCUGCAAGCUAUGGUCUUAACCCCAGCAGGUAUUGAAGCCCUUUUGUCCUAGCGGGGGUCACAGGGGCCCGAAUCUUGGUCAGUGUAGGCUUCAGUCCUGGCUGUGCUCCCACGUAGAAAUAACCUUAUGAGUGACAUGUAGAAGAAGAACAAUUGCCCAGCUCAGUGCUGCUGUUUACAUGGAGAUGAUAGAAUGGACUGUGAUCGAACCUUACAGACUCCGCAAAACAGUUCUGUUCUCUCUUUUCAUUUUGCUACUUUUGAUCGAAUUGAUCAAUAUUGCACUUCUUGUUCU